UGGGCCGAGCUAUGCGAGGUAUCUGGGGCUUGGCCGCUCAGCUUGGCCCUCAGUCUCUGCACGCGUGUGUCCUGAGCCCAAGAGUACUGCUUGGUUGGAGCCCAGGAGGUGGGGAGUUGGUCCUCGGGCCCAGGAGGGACAGAGGGGAGGGACCGAAUCUACUUCUCUGCUCCCCACUUCUCUCAGCCAGUCCUCUGGAGUCUUCCGGCCGCUUUCCCGCACUCAGGCUUCCUGGAAAAGUGAAACGAAACUUCUCCCAGAUGGAGAGAGUGCACCUGUUCAUCGUGGGGGUCUACCUGCUGUCCUCCUGCCGGGCAGAAGAGGGGCUCAACUUCCCCACGUAUGAUGGCAAGGACCGCGUGGUCAGUCUCACGGAGAAAAACUUCAAGCAGGUUUUGAAGAAAUACGAUGUGCUCUGCCUCUACUACCAUGAGGCAGUGUCCUCAGACAAAGUUGCACAGAAACAGUUCCAACUGAAAGAAAUUGUGCUCGAGCUUGUGGCCCAGGUCCUGGAACAUAAAGAUAUAGGCUUUGUGAUGGUGGAUGCCAAGAAAGAAGCCAAGCUUGCCAAGAAACUGGGUUUUGAUGAAGAAGGAAGCCUGUAUGUUCUUAAGGGUGAUCGUACGAUUGAGUUUGAUGGCGAGUUUGCCGCUGACGUCCUCGUGGAAUUUCUUCUGGAUCUAAUCGAAGACCCUGUGGAGAUCAUCAACAGCAAGCUGGAGGUCCAAGCCUUCGAACGCAUUGAGGACCAGAUCAAACUCAUUGGCUUUUUCAAGAGUGAGGACUCGGAGUAUUACAAGGCUUUCGAAGAGGCAGCUGAACACUUCCAACCUUACAUCAAAUUUUUUGCUACCUUCGACAAAGGGGUUGCAAAGAAAUUGUCCUUGAAGAUGAAUGAGGUUGACUUCUACGAGCCAUUUAUGGAUGAGCCCAUUGCCAUCCCUGACAAACCUUACACAGAAGAGGAGAUCGUGGAGUUUGUGAAGGAGCACCAAAGACCCACCCUACGUCGCCUGCGUCCAGAAGACAUGUUUGAAACAUGGGAAGAUGAUCUGAAUGGGAUCCACAUUGUGGCCUUUGCAGAGAGGAGUGACCCAGAUGGCUACGAGUUCCUGGAAAUCCUGAAACAGGUUGCCAGGGACAACACCGACAACCCUGACCUGAGCAUUGUGUGGAUCGACCCAGAUGACUUUCCUCUGCUCAUUGCCUAUUGGGAAAAGACUUUCAAGAUUGAUCUAUUCAAGCCACAGAUUGGGGUGGUGAAUGUGACAGAUGCUGACAGUGUCUGGAUGGAGAUCCCUGAUGACGACGACCUGCCCACAGCCGAGGAGCUGGAGGACUGGAUUGAAGAUGUGCUUUCUGGAAAGAUAAACACUGAAGAUGAUGACAAUGAAGAUGGAGAUGAUGGCGGUGACGAUGAGGAUGAGGACGAUGAUGAUGGUGAUAAUUCUGAUGAGGAGUCUAAUGAUGACAGUGACGAUGAUGAUGAGUAGCUCUGACUCCAGCUGGUGGAUGGAAGCACAAUCAUAGCUGCCCACUGCCCUGCGGAUAGCCCCGGGGGGCGGCAAGCAGCCCUGGCCCCCUCCCACCAGCACCUUCCCCCUUUUCCUAUCUCUUUUCCCACCCCUUUCUUAUUGGGAGCUGUACCGUUCAACAAAUGCCUCUAAAACCAGUAAUCCCACUCAGCAGGGACAAGUGGGGAAUUAUUCCCAUGUGGACUGUCUGAUUGUCUUGGAAAAGCUCUCGUUCUUUGCCAGACCACCCAUGGUCAUGGCAGUGCCGGAACCUGGCGGUCCGGGGACAACAAUCCCCUGACACCUUGACUCAAGUUUACUUGUUGUCUUUGAUGGAACAGUAACAGAAUUGACAGCUGAAAAACUCAAAGCAUAGAGUGAUCUCACAGUCAGAGCCCAGGGAGACCCAUGAUUAAUCCAUUUAGCCCCUGUGCCUAGAACAUCAGUGACAAUCCUUCCUUAAGGCAAGAGGUUCCCUCCUAGGAGAGGCUCAGCCUUAGAAGCAAGUUUCUAAAUCAGGUUCUCUUGGCUCUAUUAAACUGAUUAUGUCAAGUGUGUGUCACACCAUUAUGAACUCAGAUCCAAGUGUUUGGACAGCUAUUGGGAGGCCUUGAAACACAUGGGUACAGAUGUCUCAGUCAUUUUUGGUAUGUUGGGAUAUGGGAUGAGAGGUUGGUUUGCUUUCCGAACUUCCCUUUAGUGACAAGUCUCACAUGAUUGGCAAGGGGGUGGGGGAACUGGAAGGAUGAAAUGUUUUCAGUUUUUCCUGCUGGGUUCAUACCCCUGAUUGAGUCAGUUGGCUUCCUAGCCUGAGCUGGGAUCUGGGCACCCUUUUCUGUUGCUGUGAGUGAGCCCUCCCAUGGGGAGGGAAAGUUGGUUUAUCCAGAGGUCAGUCAAUGCCCCAUUUGUCAACCCUCCCACACUUGAGUGGGACAAUAGCUAGAGUUCCUAACGGUGGCCUGAGGCACUGAGAAAACCCCAAAGUGCCUUCCAAACUCUCUAGAGGUUACCUUGUGCUUGUAGUUUUAGCCUUAAGUGUGCAUUUAUCAUGUUCUAAUUUAUUUUCAAUCUCUUAACACAUGUGUAAGACACUGUGCAAAUUCUUUGGAAAUAGAGUAAUCCUUUUAUGGAAUAGUAGCCAACUAACUGUCAUUAAACUUAUACUU